GUAAAAUAAAUUACUAAAUGAGAUUGCUCAUGUUUCACAGAAGGAAGCUUCGAUAUUCAUCCUGUGGUACCAGGAAAGCAGGCAACACAGAGAAAGACCCGUCAGGUGUGGAUCUUCCACCAGAGCAGCAGGAACUUUCCAUGCAAUGGCACCACAGCCCAGAAAGCCCAUUACUGCGCCGCCUGGGCAAGAUCAGCAGUUCAGAGUGUAACAGUUCUGAUGAACUCACUAACCCUCUGUCAGAGCAGGAGGACAGUGCUUAUCGUUCCAGCACCAGUGAAGUCGCUCCACAUGAGUCACCGGGUCCCAAUCGCUCUAGUUACCCAUGGGAAGAAUCAGCCAUCCAAUCAGGACCCUCGAUUGCAAGCCACUCCAAACACGCUCAGCGACCGAUCGAGAUAAAGACUCCACCUUUCCGCCCCAGAAUCUUACAGGAACCAUCUCAAACAGCUUCAAGAGCAUCUGGCCGUGGUGCUCCAUCAUCUUCACACAGUGGCGCAGUACACAGGCGAAUGGAGAUCAAUGGCACGUGCCCCAGCUCGUCAGACGUGAGCUCAAAAUCGGGAUCAGACCAGGAAAGAGGGGAGCAGGUGUCCAGCGAGCCCGAGGGUUGGGAUAAGCCAUCUUCUUCUGUGUCUCCAGGAUCUGGAGUGGCGCUGACCACUUAUUUCUCUGUGGAUAAUUGCAUGACAGACACCUACAGACUGAAGUAUCACCACCAGAGGCCAUUGGUCCUCUCCAUGCCUGAGCCUAGAGGAGCUGGUAAGGACGGGAGGGAUGCGGGACACUCCAGCCGCAUGGAGAACCAGUCUGAGCGUGCCAAAAAUAAGCCUGAGUCCGGCAAUAGCAACAAUAAGCCCACUGCUAAAUGGCACCCUGUCACUUCAAAAGGGCUAGAUGAACAUGGAUAUUUGUGAAAGUUAUGGUCCUGGUGACCCACUGAGAAGUAAUGCAAGAGAAUUGCCAAAGAAGUUGAAAAAUAUGGAUUGUUUUUCUACUUGUAAUUUCAAUGUAUUUGAGACUGAGGGCAGUGUAACAGAGACUCAUCCUUUUGUACCCUCUUCCUGUAAAUUGUGACCUUCGAGUAUCUUAUCAAAGCCAUCCACAGGAGGGCAGUAUGCACUUUGGCUUAAUUUUUGUUUGCUUGUAAACAGGAAUGACGAUUUUAUGCUGAAUAACAAAAUUAUUUAUUAUCUAUUAUUGAAUUGUG